AGAGAAGUUAUAAAUAGUGAAAUAGUAGAGUAGGAAACUAAAAAGGAGGGAAAUGGCGGAAUCAGUGGCUUUGGUACCAAACCGUCACGUAGAGAAGUUAGCCACCGCCAUUAGAGAGGGUUGGGAGAUCGAGUUCUCUCGCUUCUUCAGCUACCCUCUCCUCUCUUCUACUUCUCCUCAUCUCCUUCCCCUCCCUCCCUACCUCCGUAAUCGUCGUCCUUUCGGCACCUGGAUCACUUCCAUGUCCCCUGCUUGGCUCCAACUCCUCCAUACUCCCUCUCACCCCAGCGUCAUCCUCACUGUCUUGCUCGGAGGAGAAAUGCAGGAGGAACACUACGUUACGAAGUUGAACUUCGCCUGGCCUCACGCUUCGUGCAUCUCUGGAUUUCCAGCCAGGGGUACCAAAGUCGUGAUUGUUAGCUACAGAGAUUCCGUUGGAGAAGUACAGAAGUUUGCUCUGCGAUUUUCUACAAUUUGUGAAACUGAAGCAUUCCUGGGUUCUAUUAAGGAUAUAUUGAAUGGUGCUAGUGACAAUGUACCUCUUAAUAAUGAAGUUGGAUCAGCAAUUUCAUCACAAUCUCACUUCAUGCCUUCUAACACACCUUCACAUCGAGCUGCGGAGGACAUGAAAAUGAUGACUUCUGUUCAAGCUUAUUCUCUUGAAUUGCCUGCAAUAGCGAAGAUCGAAGCCUCACAUCAACACUCACAGAUCGAAGCUGUCUCACAUCAACACUCACAGAUCGAAGCUGCACAACAACACUCGCAGAUCAAAGCUGCACAACACUCGCAGAUCGAAGAAAGGAUGCCCACGUCUCACAAUUUCGCUUCCAACUUUGCAGCUUUUCCUCCCAGCUUCACCUCAUUCCUGACAAGUUACAGUCCCAAUAUUGGAUAUGCUACAGAAAAUUCAACUUCAUUCGAGGAAAAUGAAGUCAAGACGCUACUCAUGAAAUAUCUGGAAGAUUCUUCUUUCAAUGAUAUGCUGAACAAAGUGGAUAGAGUUAUCAACGAAUUGGGAGGUGAUUUGACGUUGUAAUUGCUCGUUACUCUAAUCAGUUUAGUAGUUCUCUUUGCCCUUUAAAAUUUCUUAAUCUCACUGUAAAGUACUAAAGUUGAUGAUAUAUUUUUUUUGUGUUACAUAGUUGGGAUUCGAUCCCACACACCCCAAUACUUUCUAUAUAUGACCACUUGAACUAGCCUCGAAUGGUUACUAAAGUUGAUUAUAUUAAGAAAUCAAAUAGCACAUUUUAGCUCU